UUUGAUUUCACAGCACCAGCUGACCAAAAAAAGACCACCGAAGUGACCCUAAGCGUGCACGACAGGGUGAACGUACUAAAACGUCAAAUCGCCGAGCAAAUUCUAGAAAAACAGCGAAAAUCCAAGCUCCAAUUUUUGAGGCAAGAACCUAUCAACUCCAAAUCAGAUGAAUACACUUACGUAGACAUAGAAAAGCUUCCAAUCACACCUAUAAAUGAUAAUGAUAUACGCAAAAAGAAAGACAGGUUUAAGCUGAGAGAAAUUGUGACUACGCGCAAACCUCAAUCUGUAGAGACGCCUAAAAUAUUUAGAUCUAUUACUAAUACGGUUAAAAUUAAACAGCACGUAGUCAAACCGAUCGACAGUUUCUACAGAAGGAUCCUGGGAGAUAUGAAUUCACCCAUAGAAUGGCUUCACUGUCAAGAUUUGAUCACUCCAUUCAUAACGGGGUACAAAACUGACUUGACGUUCACUAAGCGGUUGACUACCGAAGACCAUUCGGUUACAAGAUUACUGCAGUUAUUAAGCAUGAACACCACAGGGCACACUAAAGAAGAGAUCUACUCGAUUCUGUAUCAAAUAAGCAACAUUCAAAUAAGGCUAUUCCAGUGGGAUGUGGGCUCUAUUGCUGCAUUAUUAUCAGUCAUUGUCAAAGAUAAACCUCACACUUUCAAGAACAUCAUCCACGGAGUGCGCGCCCUUUUAGCCAGUUGGCACCUGGACAUAGGCAACACGACGAACUUGCUCAAACAAGCGAAGAUAUUCCGGCCGCCUUGCAUCAAGGUUUCCGAGUAUGGAGGGUCAACCAAAACCUCAAGAGCGAUCCGGUAUGCGAAGCUUACCACUCCAAGAACCACGUGCUCCGAAACAAGCGACAAAAAUUGUUGA